UAUAGGUGACUGAGCACCAUCGAUCCGUCUGAGGAGCUAUCUUCCAUUUGCAACUAUUUCAUCCCCCACAAGCUUCCAAACUAAGGGAAUUAUGGAAAGUAAGAUUUGCGAGGUUUAUUCUUCUUGUUGUCCUCUGAUAUGUUUACGAUAAAACACCAACCCGAUCUUAUCUGGUCAAUGGCCAUCUCUUCCUCGCUCGAUUCCUCAAUUCCAAACCAUGCUCUUGGAGGAAACCAAUCUCUCUUCCCAAUCUGAAUUCCCACAGUUUCACAAGCUUCCAAUAUUCGUCCAUGGCCGACCCCCAAAUCGGGGAUAACCUGUCCGGGCUUCUGGGUUCUUCACCAUGACCAUGAUUCCCGCUCGAAACCUCUCCAAACAGCAUUGUUUGGCCGGUUAUGGUGGCUCGGAGUUUUUGGGUAAUUUUAUGAGUCGAUUAGAAGGGUAUGAAACUUGCUUAGGAUUCGAUCUAGCCGUUGUUCCCAUGGCCGAAGAAGAGUCUAGAACUGAGAGUGUCAAUGAAGCCGCCUCCAGCUCCAAGGAUGAGAGAGACGAAGGGUGGCUCCAAUUAGGUAUUGGCGGCGGCGGUGGCCGCGGUUGUGGCGCCAACCACGACAACCACCUCGGCCGUGUCGAUCCGACAAAGUCAAGAUCAGCCGGAUUGGUGGAGCUUGAUCUACUCUCCGGAGGCGCUUCACAACAAGAAAGGCCAUUGCCGCCACUCUUUCAUGUGCCGGAGUUCAGAGCUCCAAGGCCGGUUUCUACUAGUUAUAGUUCUCCUAAUUUGUUCUUGCAGUUACCCCCUGGAAAUAGCCCCAUGUUUCCUCAUCAUCAAGACAUAAACUGGGCGUUUAGGCCUAUUCCGAGAAACGUAACUGUAGCUUCCUCCUCGUCCUCUUCGUCGUCUUCGUCAUCCUCGACUGUAAUGCCGCCGGGAUCAUAUUUCGGUCGACCGUUUCAACGGAUGGGAGUAGAUGUAGCAGCCGGGCCAAGUUUAGAUUUCAGAAUCCUUGAUCCUCCUCGGAGACCCCAUUCGGGGAUUUGGUUUAUGCUCCAAGCAUCACAAAAUCAGGCAAAAGAACCCUUUUUGCCUCAGAUUCCGAAGAGCUACCUGAGAAUUAAGGACGGAAGGAUGACAGUGCGAUUGCUGAUGAAGUAUCUGGUGAAUAAGCUGAGGUUGGACAAUGAAUCAGAGAUAGAGAUAACAUGUAGAGGGCAAAAGCUGCUGCCUUUCUUGACAUUGCAGCACGUGCGAGAUAACAUAUGGAGUCCCAGAGACGCCGCGGUGACUUUGCUUUCAGACUCCGCGGGUACAGACCACCUCAUGGUUCUACACUAUGCCAGGAGUGCUUAAUAAUCCACUAAUUAAAUAAUUAAUUAAUUAAUUAAGGAAACAAACGCAAAUGAAUACAUGGAUUAACCACUCCCUCCCUCCCUCCCUCCCUCCGAUCUGAUCUGAUCUGAUCUGUUGUAUCAUUGCCAUAAAUUAUGCCCCUCUUACUUUCCUUUUUUUACCCUUUUCCCCCCAGCUCUUAAUUCUUAUAUUUCUA